UGCCUUGCCUCUCUUUCAAUUCUCAUAGAGAGAUGGGAAGAGCACCAUGCUGUGAGAAACUUGGGCUCAAAAGAGGAAGAUGGACAGCUGAAGAAGACGAAAUCUUGACCAACUACAUUCAACUUCAUGGAGAAGGCUCUUGGAGAUCUUUACCCAAUAAUGCAGGAUUGCUGAGGUGUGGGAAAAGUUGCAGACUGAGGUGGAUAAAUUAUCUGAGGGCUGACUUGAAGAGAGGGAACAUCACUGCUGAGGAGGAAGAAACCAUUGUUAAGUUACACACUGCUUUGGGUAAUAGGUGGUCAUUCAUAGCCGCUCAUUUACCAGGAAGAACAGACAACGAGAUAAAGAACUACUGGAACUCUCAUUUGAGUAGAAAAAUUUACACCUUUACCAAUCUGGGAAACGAUUAUCUGCCCACCAUUACGAAUGUUGGGAAGAAGACAGCUGCUUCAUUCAAGGACCGUAGAGCUGCUGCUCGAGCAAACAGAUCAUCUAUCAUGAACAAGAACAAGAAUGUAUUGGCCCCAUCUCCCCAGAGAUCACAAGCAAAGCCUCAGCAGAGUGGUACCAAUAUUGCUGAUCAUGUAGUGCUUCAACUUGAGCCAUCAGCCAGGGAAAACCAGAAAGGAGAUGAGGCAAUAAGAAUGUUGGGUUUGAAAGGUUCUUGUUUGGACAGUACAGAAAGGAUUAAUUUGGACCAUUGUGGUGAUCAGAAAGAGGGUGCAGAAUUAUGCCUUGGGAAUAAAGUAAACAUUACUAGUUCAACUGUUUUAAGUGGAGAUAAUAAUGGAGAAAAGGAGGUCUUGGGUCUAUGUGAAUGUGUAGAAAGUGAAAUUAGGGGGCUUGAGAGUGGGGUUGUGGAUCCAAGUGGGAAUGUUGGAUUUAAGGAGCAGAGGGAAGAUGGGAUCAUCAUGGAGGGUAGUAUUACAGAUGAAGUGACCAAGAGUGAGGGUAGGAAGAGUACAAGUCUCUGGAGCUCAAAUGCAGAAAGUGGCAGUGGAGAGUUGUACUCUUUCUCAUCAUCAAUGAAUUCAACCUUUGAUGAUGAAUGGCUCAGUUGGGGUUGGGCAGGUGGCUUUGAGUGUCACAAUGAAUUGGAAUUAUGGGAUGAAGGGGAGAGGAUAGCUUGGUUAUGGGAAAGUGGAAGUACUGGUGAAGGACACUAAUGUUGCUGAUACAAAAAUGUGGAGAGCAAAAUUUUAUGUCUGAAUCUUGAUUCUUCUACAAACUAUCUUCAUACAAAAUUGUUCUGGUAGUUGAUUUUGUGCAUAAGAAAAGAAAGAUUGUACAAGAAUCAUUAUUCAAAUGUUCAAGGUGAGUUGAGUUAGAAAUUACUUUAAAAAACUGUAAAAAACAAAAAUGCUGGAAUCAUUUGCAAUAAUAA